GCCCUGUGGACAAGCCUUCGCAUACAAGAGCGUCCUCCGCAGUCAUCUCGAGAAGGUGCACAAGAUCACUCCGACGGAGGAGGAUCUGCAACCCUGCAAGGACGAGCAGGAGCGCGCAAAGUAUGCUCGGACGGAGCCGCCCAAGAAGGCAAUCCGACCCAGCCUGCGACCUGCAAUAGACCAGGGCGAGUGUACCAGGUGA